UAAAUACAAUCUCUCCUUUCAAUUUAUAGACGAAGAAAUAUAGGCAUGUAGAACAAUGGCAGUGACUACAUUACUAACAUUGUCAUUCCUUCUUUUAUCCUUCACUUCAAAGCCAGUGUCCGCGGUGCUUGACCUCUCUGGGAAGAAACUCCAAAAGGGUGUUGAUUAUUACAUCUUGCCAGUCAUUAGAGGUAGAGGUGGAGGCCUCAAACUAGCCAAUGCUCGCAACAAAACCAGCCCACUCGACGUCGUCCAGGACCAAUUCGAGGUCUCGAGCGGUUUUCCCUUGACAUUUUCGCCUGCGAAUCAGAAUCAAAGUUUCGUUUGCCUCUCCACUGAUCUCAACAUCAAGUUCUCUGCCGCGACUACUUGCGCGCAGUCAACAGUCUGGAAAUUGGAUAGCUUCGACGAGUCGUUGGGGCAGUGGUUUGUGACGUCCGGUGGGGUUGAGGGCAACCCUGGCCGUCAAACGAUAAGCAAUUGGUUUAAGAUUGAAAAGUAUAAUGACGAUUACAAGCUUGUUUUUUGCCCCACAGUUUGUAAUUUCUGCAAAGUGUUGUGCAGAGAUGUUGGCAUCUAUAUCAAGGAUGGGAUAAGGCGUCUUGCGUUGAGUGAUCAACCGUUUAUUGUCGGGUUCAAGAGAGCCUGAGUAUCUUCAGAUCACAAACUUAAAAAUUGGAACUCACAUUUUGUUACAUGUAAUGUGCUUACUUAUUAUCAAAUAUGUCAUGAUGCGUUAUUUACUUGUUAAAUGAGAAAUAAGAGAAGUAGAUGCUUUGUUAUUGAGAUUGAUAUUUA